UCACUUUUUGGCUGCUUAUGCAACUCAUUUCUUAGAAAAAGUGUCUCUGGGAUCGGAUAGCCCGGGUCCAAAAUAUCGUACCCCAGUUUUCGUGAGCCCGGAACUAGCUGGCUGGGCUCAGAUUUAUUGUACCUUGCUGUUCUGGAGGAAGAUCGUAUGCAUGUGGUCAGUAGCGAGGAGCCUGUGACCCAACCUCCCUCUCAUGUUACGCCCUAUAUAUAUAACAUCCAUUCCUCCAGCACCUCCGUUCAACCCCCCCUCCCUCAUUCCCUCGCUCCAACUCCACUUCUCCAGAAGCACUGCAUCCAGUCGGGCCCAGACGGCUCAGUCUUUCCCUCUCCCUCUCUUUCUCUCUCUCUCCCGUCUGUCACCCGAGCUUCCUCUUGCAGGCUGUGUGUGUUUACCCUCUUUUUCGGCCUGGCAACGGGGCUGCAUGCUCAGGAUUACCGGAGGCCUUGCCUUUCAUCGCCGCCCGCUCCCUCUUCCUUUUGCCUGGACUACGGUGGCCACGGGUGCGAGGCUGUGUGAUUUCCUGCUCACGGAGUUAAGUGGAUUUGUAGAUACUAAAGAGACAUGGAUCACUCUCUGUUCGGAUGCCUUCGGAGCCCGCAUGCCCCAUCCCAAGCCCUGCACCCAGCAUUCACCCAAUCCUCCCUGGCCCUGCACGGACGCUCCGACCACGUAUCCUACCCUGACCUCCCAGGACCCUCGCCGCCCUGCAGCUACGCGGGGGAGGAGGGUGGCUUCGGAGGACCCCAUCACAGAGUUCACCCCGCUCCCCAGCAUCCACACCUCUCGCAGCAUCAACCAUCCUGGCAUGUGCCGCAGAUGCCCUCGAUCGAUGGCGAGCGCCAUGGCCUCUGCCUGCCGCACCCUGACACAGCGGCUCCAGAACUGUGCGGCGCAGGAGGAGUGGGCUCGCAGGGCCUGUGUGUAGGUAACCCAACACUCUCUGGAAGUGACCCUUCUCGGGCAUCAUGUGUGUCCGGAGAAUACGGGAGACAGACCAUGUCACCUGUUGAGCCGGAGCGACGGAAUAGCAAAGGGAAGAGUGACAGUUCAGAUUCCCAGGAUGGGAGCUAUAAGUCAGACGUGAGCAGUAAACCUAGGAAGGAGCGCACAGCGUUCACCAAGGAACAGAUUCGAGAACUGGAAUCAGAAUUCGCUCACCACAACUAUCUGACACGGCUCAGACGUUACGAAAUCGCUGUCAACCUUGACCUCACAGAGAGACAAGUAAAGGUGUGGUUCCAGAACAGACGGAUGAAGUGGAAGCGGGUGAAGGGAGGUCAGCAGGGAGCCGCUGCGCGGGAGAAAGAACUGGUGAACGUAAAGAAAGGAACUCUCUUGCCUUCUGAAUUCUCCCCAAUGGUCGGACUGCACCAUGCCAUGGGUUCGCCCAGCAAUGAGGACGACAGUCACGACAGCGACCAGAGCUCUGAGCAUGCGCAUUUAUGAUGCCCGCACUCCAGCCAGUCAGAACCUGCCAGUUUCCUCAGGAAUCAAUGUUGGUACUCCGAAGGCUGUUAACAACUAGUACUGGGCCGUGUUGUGUUAUUUCAUUCUGAGUGGUUAGGGUUUGUUUUUGGUCUGUGAAACAGAUGCUCACAGGGUUGCAAACCAGAGCUCAGCCCCCAGUGGCACCGGACUUUGAAGAGUAGUCUAAAUAAUAAGUCCAAGGUGGCCACAGUUUUCAAGAGACUAUGCAUUUCAUCCUAUUUUGACAUUGUAAUUAAAUGUAAGUUUGAAUGUUGUAAACAUUCCACACGAGUGCCUUUGAGAGGAUUUUUGCACUGUUUUAAUUUUUGCCCUAACUGUUUGCUACUGUAUUUACAUACAGAUUUUGAUAAAAGUACCUUUAAUUAAAAACACAUUGAUAUAAUCUGUGACAGCACAGAAUAAGUAUUAUCUUAGUCUGUUUGUAAAGAAACGAAGGAUGCCGUUAAUUGCAGCUUAUUUUUUGAUUAAGUGAUGAAUUAUUAUUAUAAUGAUUUUUUUGUUCAUUUUUUUACAAUGUGGGUACUUUGGAUUGAAACGGAUUGAAUAUGACAUGACAUACUGAUAAACAUUUAAUUUCAAAGGAUAAUAGAAUAAAAAUCUAACUAUUAUAAGAAUCUUUUCUUGUGUACUUCAGGACUGCAAAUAAUCUGAGUUAUUAAAAACCUACACUUCAAAAAAUUGGGUUUGGUAAGAUUUUUGUUAAUGUUUUAAUAGAAGUCUCUUAUAUUCACCAAGUUUGCAUUUAUUUGAUUAAAAA